AUGCUUCAUCAAAUUGUACUUCUCUUCCUGGUUGUUCCAAAUGUUGUUUCUUAUAAUUUCCUGGUCAUUUCUCCAGUAUAUGGGUUCAGUCAUAUGAAAUAUAUGGCAGCACUAGCUAAUCAUUUAGCAAGAGCAGGACAUAAUGUGACAUACUUCCAACCAUUUGUAGUGGAUGAGUACCAUAAUCACAAUCUAAUCGAAGAAAAAUCAAUUGUAAUCUGGAAUUAUUAUCACGAUGAAGAUGGCAUGCAGCACAUCCCGUCGCAAGGAUGUAUGCGUUCUGCAUGGGAUUCAUCAAUGUAUCAAUCCGAUGUUGGAGCAGCUAUUCUUCUAUCCCGAUACCUCUAUCCUGCAUUUGAGCAUAUGUGCAGAAAAAUGUUUGAGGACACUGAGUUACAUUUCGAAUUGAAGGCUCGUCAGUACGACGUGGUGCUGUCAGAAGCAUUUGAUUUUUGUGGAUUGUACCUUGCCAGCUAUCUGGACAUGCGUUCCAUCAUUUCAACUUUCACGGGAAACCGACUGAACGCUUUGGCUCCUGUACUAGGGGAACCAUCGUUCCUACAUUACCUACCAGCUCCAACCUCAACGUACGGAGAUGGAGCAACUAUUUGGGAUAGAGCCAACGAUGUCUGGCACAAAAUAUUCUCAUCCUACGGAUUCGCUAAACUGUUUGAAAUGCAGUACCAGCAAGUCAAAAAGUUGACAAACGGAAAAGUUAAGCACUGGAAAGAAAUUAUCCAUGACGUCACUUAUCAUUUCUCAAAUUCCAAUCCUUAUCUAGAUUUUGUGAUCCCAACUAUCCCUAAAGUAGUUCCAAUUGGAGGGAUUACUGUAGACCAGGAUGACUGGAAUGCAAAAGAUAAUCAUUCGGAAGAGUUGGAGCAGUUGCUCAACGAAAGGAAGCAUACCGUAUUUAUCUCGUUCGGGUCUAUGGUCAGAUCUGUAGACAUGCCAGCUGAAUACAAGGAGUCAAUGAUAAAAGUUUUCCACGACCACCCAAACAUCACAUUCCUAUGGAAAUAUGAGAUGCCGAAUGAUCAAGAUCUAGUCAAAAAGCUUCCGAAGAACGUACAUCUCGCUAAAUGGUUUUCACAGAAUGCACUUCUAAGCGACAAGCGGGUUGACCUUUUUGUAACGCACGGUGGACUAGGAAGUACUAUGGAAUUGGCAAAUGCAGCGAAACCAGCUAUAGUGAUUCCACUAUUUGCUGAUCAACCUGGAAAUGCGAAGAUGAUAGAGCGACACCAAAGUGUGGAAAUAUACCCAAAACUAGAAAUUCCCAAUUGGAAAAAACUCAGCAACUUGCUUCAAAAAAUGCUCAACACCAACUUCUACCAAGAACAUGCCAAUCGACUAGCUGACACCUUACGAUUUCAACCUAUUCCACCUGCAGAUCUUAUGGUGAAACACGCCGAGAAUGCGGCACGUUUUGGCAGAAUGCCAAAUCUUGUACCGUAUGCAAAAGAUAUGGGUUUUGUUGAGUUCUAUAAUUUGGAUCUUAUUUUGUUGUUUAGUUCUAUUAUGGCCGUUUGUAUCUGGUCUGCUUAUUAUGUGUAUACAAAAAUCAAAGGGUCUCUAAAAUUGAAAAUUGAAUAA